CUACUUUUCCUUGAGUUUCCACAAUGAUAUAUACCUUCUCCUUGCAUCAACUUGGUCACUUCCUUACGUAAAUUCUCACCGAAGCAACCACACUCACCUCAAGAGAGAACCCUCUCACCUAUCCAACUCCAUAACCACUCACACACUCACCAUGCCAAACGCAAACACGCUCCUCCGACUCCCCUUCCUCCUCGCACUCUUCUCCGCCAUGACAGCGCCGUCGUCCUCCGCCGUCGACACCUUCGUCUUCGGCGGCUGCUCCACCCCGAAGUACAUGCCGGGCUCCGCGUACGAAAACAGCGUGAACUCGCUCCUCACCUCGCUCGUCAACUCCGCCGCGUUCACCAACUACAACAACUUCACCGCCCAAGGCGCCGCCGUCUACGGCCUCUUCCAGUGCCGCGGCGACCUCAGCAACGACCAGUGCUCGCGCUGCGUGGCGCGUGCGGUCACGCAGCUCGGCACGAUCUGCUUCGACUCCUGCGGCGGCGCGUUGCAGCUGGAGGGGUGUUUCGUCAAGUACGACAAUGCGACGUUCCUCGGAGUGGAGGACAAGACGGUGGUGGUGAAAAAAUGUGGACCGUCCGUUGGGUUGACUUCCGACGCGUUGACCCGGAGAGAUGCUGUGCUGGCGUAUCUGCAGACGUCCGAUGCGGUUUAUAAGACAUACAGGACGGCCGUGUUUGGGGAUUUUCAGGGUGUGGCGCAGUGCACGGGGGAUUUGAGUCCCAGCGAGUGCCAGGAUUGUCUCUCUGAUGCCAUCCAACGGUUGAAAACCGAGUGUGGGCCCUCCCCCUGGGCCGAUAUUUACUUGGCCAAGUGCUACGCGCGCUACUCCCAGGGUGGGACUCACUCGCACGGGAAUAAUGAUGAUAACAAUCAAAAUGAUGAUGAGAUCGAGAAGACACUCGCUAUACUAAUUGGACUCAUAGCCGGGGUUGCUCUAAUCAUCGUUUUCCUUUCUUUCUUGUCAAAGGUGUGCGAAAAGCAUAAAGGUGGUAAAUAAGGAAUAUAAUAUGUGCAGAGUACUGGGAUUGAACUUUUGCCAUUGCUUUUCUCUGGUAAAUUGCUUGUCUUUCGGUAGCUCGUUUGCUACUCCAAGUCCCUCGGUCUCAACUUUCCUUUUUGUAAUCAAUCCAUCUUAUUCUUAUCUUUUAAGUUUCCUGCAUAGUUCCCUUUAUUAUAUAAAGAAUACCACUGAAGGUAUAGAUAGAAAGAUGUUAUGGAAAAAGCUGUUCCAUGAAACAAGUUACACAAUGGGUUGCAAUAAGGAUAAAAGGCUCAAAGAUUCCACCCUCUACCACCAUUCGUUUUCUUGUCUAGUGUCCACCAAUGUGUACAAAUACUGAACACUUUAGUGAAAAGUGCACCAUGCAUGUUUUGUUAUAGCCUUAUA